GGGAGGUCAGCCAGUUGCGUUUCUUGGAAGUCAAGAGAGAAGGAAUAAGAACAGCAUGAAACAGCCCAACCCGCGAAGACGGUGAGCGACGAGAGGCAACUCGCGAGGCGCAAAAGAGAUGUCCCCAUGGUGACAUUGAUCUCCUGCAGAGAGGGAGUUAGGAGAGAUUGUGCAAGGGUCUGGACAUCGAUGGAGACCCAAACCUCUGAUUGCAACAUGUCCAGCACCAGAUCUGGCUGCCGAUGGCGCCUUUUUCUUCUGGGCACCCGACGAUAUGUCCUUUGCACUUUUGCUUGGCUUAAAAGUCAGAGCAAAGUCCCUUCUGCCAUGUUGGCCAAGGCCUCCCAAAGGGAAGCCACAGUCUUUGCGGUGGUGGGAAAAAGUGUUGCGUCCUUUGCUGAGCUCACCAUCCAGACAUGCCGGGACAGUUUGUAGCUGGGCAUGGGAGGGUGUGUUUACGGAAAAGAGCCGCUUCCAAGACAACCGGCCAAAGGGUGUUCAACGAAAAACUUUGGCGACUGAUGACGACAAAUGAACCCAUUUUGGGUCUCCUCCACGGCUAAUGAAUGGACCGCAAAGACAGAGUUUUUGCAAACAAAUCUUACUGGGCUUGCCCUGAAGCUUUGGCACCAAGUCGAAAAAUACCGGUACCACGUGGAAAGGUUAGUAGAGGAAAACAGUCUUUCCGGGUCCCAUUCACAGGAAUAUAUUACAUAACAUGGGUUUGUGGAUGUUUGUGGGGGUUUGUGGAUGUUUGUGGUUGACUUUUUAAAUGACACGCUCCUCGGAUGAGGUUCGGAGUGACCAAGCUCGUUGUUGGAAACUCCAAUUCUCCAAUGAUACGUGGUUGGACAUGCAACAUCAUGCAACAACCAUUCUUCAAAACGAUGGAUUUGGGGAGGGAAUCUAAAGAGAAUUUGAACCCUUGCAGGGAGGAGAACGACCUUUCAGAUGUUAGUGCUCCCGUGCUCAGGGUUAAAACCUCCUGGUGAGGCGUCGACAUCCUCCGCAAGCGCCGGGAGCAAGGAGUGUCCGGCGA